AUGGAUGAAGCAAAGCGCACGCGCCGCGACUCGUUCGGCCCCUGGGGCGACCCGAGCAUCAAGUACCUCUACUACUGCCCCCAGAUGAAGGAGCUCGCUCACUCGAUCGCGGCGCAGCCCACGAAGCUGACCAUCCGCCCGAUGGAGGUGUCCUGGGCCAAGUUCCCGGACGGAUUCCCCAACCUGUUCGUGGAGGGCGCCGAGGAGAUCCGCGGCAAGCACGUCGCCUUCCUCGCCUCCUUCAACAACCCCGACACCAUCUUCGAGCAGAUCUCCGUCAUCUACUCCCUCCCGAAGAUGUUCAUCGCGUCGUUCACGCUCAUCCUCCCCUUCUUCCCCACGGGCACCGCCGAGCGCGUCGAGCGCGAGGGCGAGGUGCCCACCGCGGUGACCCUCGCGAGGAUGCUCUCGAACAUCCCCAUGUCCCGCGGCGGACCCACCAGCACCAUCAUCUUCGACAUCCACGCGCUGCAGGAGCGAUUCUACUUCGGCGACAACAUCACGCCGUGCUUCGAGACGGGUAUUCCCCUGCUCCUGGAGGAGAUCGCCGCGUUGCCGGACAAGUCGGACGUAGUGAUCGCGUACCCGGACGAGGGCGCGAUGAAGCGGUUCCACACCUUCUUCGAAGCCUUCGACGAGGUGGUGUGCACCAAGGUGCGGCAGGGCGACAAGAGGCUCGUCACGCUGAAGGAGGGCGAACCGGCGGGGAAGCACGUCGUGAUCGUGGACGACCUCGUGCAGUCGGGCGGCACGCUGAUCGAGUGCGGCAAGGUUCUCAAGGCCAGGGGCGCGAAGGCGCUGUCCGCGUUCUGCACGCACGGCGUGUUCCCCAACGACAAGCACGAGAGGUUCACGGAGAGCGACAUGUUCGACAACUUUUGGAUCACGGACUCGUGCCCGCAGACGGUGAGCAGGGUGCGAGGCCGGGCGCCGUUCAAGGUGCUGUCGCUCGCGGGACGGAUCGCGAGGGCGCUGGAGAUCUGA